GCGUCUCUCUUCGGGAAGAUGGCCGCUGUGUACAUGAUGCGAAACUGAAUGGACGGAAAGCAGCCCGAAAUUUCAGAAAAUCCCCCCUCUUCCCUCCUCCGCGUCCCGCUCCGCGUCCGCGCACAUGCGUCCGCGUGAAAACGGAGCCGAUUUCGACCUGGCGUGAAGAACUGGGAUGAUAAUAUGACCCAGAAAAAAAAGAAGCGAGUGAAUCGCAGUUUGUUGCUGGCGAAGAAAAUCAUCAUCAAGGAUGGAGGAACGCCUCAAGGUUUUGGUUCUCCCAGCGUCUAUCAUGCCGUCAUCGUCAUAUUUCUGGAGUUCUUCGCUUGGGGUCUGCUGACGGCACCGACUUUGGGAGCUCUUCGCGAAACGUUCCCCAAACACACGUUUCUCAUGAACGGCCUGGUGCAGGGGGUCAAGGGUCUGCUGUCGUUUCUAAGCGCUCCUCUGAUCGGUGCUCUGUCAGAUGUGUGGGGAAGGAAGUCGUUUCUUUUACUCACCGUCUUCUUCACAUGUGCACCAAUUCCUUUAUUGAAGAUCAGCCCAUGGUGGUACUUUGCCGUAAUCUCUGUAUCCGGAGUGUUUGCCGUGACCUUCUCGGUUAUAUUUGCCUACGUGGCCGACAUCACCCAAGAGCACGAGCGCAGUAUGGCUUACGGCAUGGUCUCGGCCACGUUCGCGGCGAGUCUGGUGACGAGCCCGGCCAUCGGCGCCUAUCUGAGUCAGGUGUACGGAGACAGUCUGGUGGUGGUUCUAGCUUCGGCCAUCGCUAUGCUGGACAUCUGCUUCAUCCUGGUGGCCGUGCCCGAAUCGCUGCCGGAAAAGAUGAGGCCGGCGUCCUGGGGCGCCCCGAUCUCAUGGGAACAAGCGGACCCCUUCGCUUCUCUGAGGAAAGUGGGUCAGGACUCGACGGUUCUGCUCAUCUGUAUAACAGUGUUCCUGUCCUAUCUGCCCGAGGCCGGUCAAUACUCCAGCUUCUUCCUCUAUCUGCAACAGAUAAUGGGAUUUUCACCUGAAAGUGUCGCGGCUUUCAUCGCUGUCCUGGGAUUGCUGUCUAUCGUCGCACAGACUGUAGUAUUAAGUUUACUAAUGCGUUCCAUCGGGAACAAGAACACAAUUUUGCUGGGAUUGGGAUUUCAGAUUCUGCAGCUCGCCUGGUACGGGUUCGGAUCGGAGCCUUGGAUGAUGUGGGCCGCUGGAGCCGUUGCUGCCAUGUCUAGUAUCACUUUCCCUGCGGUUAGCGCCCUGAUUUCCCGCACAGCUGAUCCGGAUCAACAAGGCGUGGGUCAGGGUAUGGUUACGGGAAUCCGUGGUCUGUGUAACGGUUUGGGUCCGGCUCUCUACGGUUUCAUCUUCUACAUCUUUCAUGUCGAGUUGGACCAGGUUCCAGACAAAGAACCGGAUGUAACGCAUCGCCACGAUCACCACCAACAGAGUGCAAUAAUCCCAGGACCGCCGUUCCUCUUCGGUGCGUGUUCUGUGCUGCUGGCGCUCCUGGUGGCGCUCUUCAUUCCCGAACACCCUCACAUGGGCGCCCGCGCGGGCAGCUGGAAGAAGCACACGUCGCCCCACGGCCACCCGCACAGUCCCCACCCCCCCGGAGAGGCCAAAGAGCCCCUCCUACAGGACACUAACGUGUGAUUGGGAGCUUCGAUGUGGCGGAAUUGGCCACGCCCCCUAUUUCCCGCCGAGGAACGAACUGCGCAUGGAGGCUGUUGUCAUUUAUUGAAACGUAAAGCUAUAUCGGAGGCGCGGUCAGUCUUGCACCUAGAGCUCUACCUUUCUGCAGAGUUUCGUUUGGAUACACCUGAACUUGAUAAUUAAGGUUUAUGGAAAUUACGGCAGGAAGGAAGUCUCCAUGAUUAAGACUGGGCGUCCCUGCUGAAUCACCAAUAGAGCACCACUUUUUAAAGGAAAUGUAUAUAGAAGAACAUAUAUUUAACGAUGGUUCUGUCCAAAGGCACUAUUGCAAUGGCUUGUAUUUAUUCUUUUUAUCCUUUUCGCCUUUUUUUUUUUUUUUGUUGCUCUGUCUAGGUCUUCAUUACCAUAGUUCACUCAGGGACAUUAUCCUGGUCGGGAAUGUUUCCGAACACAGUGUGUUCCCCUUAUCAGAAGGGCCUAGCGACGACGUACAAACAGAAUCCAUUGGCGAAACGCAAGCGGUUCGAAUUUUUGCAAUCGUCCGUCAAAAUAUGCGAGAGAAUUUACGUUGAACAAACUUACGUAAAUCAUUCGUAUAAAAAAAAAAAAAAAAACUUUGGGAAAUGAUUUACAGCAUUUUUCGACUCAACGAUUUUUUUUGCAGAAAUUCGCUGAGAACAGAUGAACGCAAGUCGUUCGUAGAAAAAUCGUUCGUGAGAAUUUCGACUAAAUGCAUUUGUGUUCGUAAAAUUACUUGCAGUUGUUUUGUGGAACAAAUUUAAGUAAUUCAUUCACAAACUACAAGAUGAAGUCGAAUAAAUUUGAGUAACUAAUUCGUAUAGCCAAGAAUUCGAAUAAAAAAAAUGGUUUAAGGUGAAUCGAAUUUGCGUAACUUAUUUGUAAAACCGUUCAUCGUAAUUCGAGAUACUUUAAAAACAUUUAUCCAUUUGCAUGAUUUAGUUCUAUCCAAUUCGUUUGGAAGAUUACUUCGUAAAACCAUAUUAGUGCUGAACAAUUGUAUGCAAUUUGUUUGUAAAACCAUUUAUGCGAGUAAAAAAAAUAUGCAGAUUAAAAGCUAUUUACUAGAACACAAUUUUAAAGUAGAAAUUGUUUAUACGAGAAUUUAAGCGGAGCGAUUUUCGUAAGUCAUGCAUAAAACUAUAAAUAUGCUGCGUUCAUGAGAUCAAGUUAGUUAGGGAACAUCAUUUUAUGGAUUUCUAAUGCUUUGACAUGGAUGGCCUUAACCGUUCGGUUUCAGAGUUCGACAAACGAGCGUCGCAAUGGAUGAUUGUGGUACAGCUUCAAAGUUCCUUUUCGUUUUCUGCUCGCGUUCAAGCUGAAGCCUGUUUUCUGUAUACCACUUAAAAACAACAAUGGUGCCUUUUCCCAGCUUAAAUUGUGUUGUUGACGGAAACCGGCUAAUUUAAGCCACGCGCGAGACUCGAGAUCCGCUCGGCGGCAGUCUUGCGCAACCGAACUGUCGUACGUAAAAUAACUUGUAGAGACUCUAGCUCAGUGAAAGUGAAACACAAGAAGGGUCUUUUGUUAGUCUGGAUUCGCUUUCGGCCUUGUCUAGAAACAUUCGUAUACGAACGUUUACGCAAAACUCUUCGCAAAUGCCAACUGAUGAAAAUACAUUGAGAAACAGGAGGUGAAGUUUGCCAGUGGCCUUUUCUAUUUUUGUUUUGUUUUGUUUUGGUAGACAGAUGAAUGGCUCGUUUUAAGAAUUGACCAAAUGGAUGGAUAUUUUAUUGAUGCGAGUUAAUCUGUAAUAUUAGUUGUGUGCUUUGAUAUUUAUGAGAUGAGAUUUCUUGUAAAAUAUUUCCUUCGUCUCAGAAUACAGUGAGUUUUUUUUUUUUUUUUUUUACGUUCUGUGGUUCUGUUGUGCGCGUCUUCAUUAUAAGUUUUAAACAUGGUGUAUUUUUUUUUUCCCGAACAAUGUAAAUAUGUCAAAGUAUCUAAACAUGCAUUUCAAUAAAAUUUAAAUAUUUUGAUGUA